AUGAAGACUACCGCCCUCUUCUCCCUGGCCACCGCGGCGCUCAGCAGCACCGCCGCCGCCGUUUCCGUCAGCGGCUCGGCCGAGGGUUUCGCCAAGGGCGUCACCGGUGGUGGUAGCGCUACCGCCGUCUACCCCGACUCCAUCGACGAGCUGGUCUCGUACCUCGGAGACGACGAGGCGCGCGUCAUCGUGCUCUCUAAGACCUUCGACUUCACCGACUCCGAAGGCACCACCACCGACACCGGCUGCGCCCCCUGGGGAACCGCCUCCGCUUGCCAGGUCGCCAUCAACCAGAACGACUGGUGCACAAACUACCAGCCCGACGCCCCCACCGUCUCCGUCACCUACGACAACGCCGGCUCCCUCGGUAUCACCGUCAACUCCGACAAGACCCUGAUCGGUGAGGGCUCCGCCGGUGUCAUCAAGGGCAAGGGUCUGCGUCUCGUCAGCGGCACCAGCAACGUCAUCAUCCAGAACAUCGCCAUCACCGACAUCAACCCCAAGUACGUCUGGGGAGGUGACGCCAUCACCCUCAACGACGUCGACAUGGUCUGGAUCGACCACGUUACCACCGCCCGCAUCGGUCGCCAGCACAUUGUCCUCGGCACCGAAGCCGACAACCGCGUGACCAUCUCCAACUCCUUUAUCAACGGUGAAUCCGACUACUCCGCGACCUGCGACGGCUACCACUACUGGGGUGUCUACCUUGACGGCUCCAGCGACAUGGUCACCAUGAAGGGCAACUACAUCUACCACACCAGCGGCCGCUCUCCCAAGGUCCAGGGUAACACUCUGCUCCACGCUGUUAACAACUACUGGCACGACAACUCCGGCCACGCCUUCGAGAUCGGUGAGGGUGCUUACGUCCUCGCUGAGGGUAACGUUUUCCAGAACGUCGAGGUCGUUGCCGAGGACCCCAUUGACGGCAAGCUCUUUGCUUCUCCCUCCGAGUCUGCCAACACUGCUUGCUCCUCCUACCUCGGCCGUAACUGCGAGCUCAACGGAUUCGGUAGCUCCGGCACCUUCAACCAGGCCGACACCGACUUCCUCAGCAAGUUCGAGGGCAAGAACAUUGCUUCUGCCGAUGCCUACAGCGGCAUUGCCUCCAGCGUGUCUUCCUCCGCCGGUAACACCCUCUAA